AAGUAUCAAAAAAAAAUUUCAAUGAAAUGCACGAAACAGUUGAAUUUAACAAACGAAUUAUUAAUCAAGUUCAUUUCACGGUGGAAAGUUUUAUUUUUUCAUACUCGUCAUGAAUCUCAUCAAGUGCAUUUGUUUAAUACUUUUAUUCGUAUGUGCAGAAAAUGCACCUACGAGCACCACCACAAGUACUAUAAGCCCGUCAACUACUUCUUCAUAUGAAGAACACGACGUUACCGAAGCGAUAAACGGUCAAUUUUCAGUCAUAUUUAAAGAAAUCGAAAAGAAUAAUCUAUUAACCGUAGAUCAACAGAAUAAUGUACCAGUCCCAGCCAAUGCCCAAAAAAAUGACGGAUUGCUUCAGAAUAUCGCAAUCGAACUUCGAAUAGUUCAAUCGUCAUCUUUGGUAACUCGAAUCAUACACGGUGACGAUUUAAAGAUGGAAUGGAAAAAUAUGCUCGUAUCUGUGAACGGCUCUCUUCGUCAAUUCAAUGACUCUAUCGCAACGGAACCAUUCCUUUUAAGCUUAAUCGUUUCCUUACCAAAACUGUCAAAUAAAGCAUCCGUCGAUUAUCCUUAUUUAGACCAACAAAACAUCACAUUACGGCCCAACGGUCAUCAGUACGAACCCAGCGCAGAAAACCAGAUCAAAACUGAAUUAAAAUGGGCUCUAAAAGCAACAUUUUCCGAAUCCGCGCCAGACAGUCAAGUCGCAGAUAUAAAAGCUUAUUAUCUCGAGAAGCCAGGUUUUGGUAGUUUUUCGCAACAUGUGCAAAAACAUUAUUACUUCAUAAACACCAUCCCGUCGACUGACUACACUUUGAGCAAUGUGACCAUCAGAGGAUUGUGGAAUAUAGAAACCAUUACAGCUCAACGUUUAAACCCAGCAUAUUUCUUCAAUAUCCAAAUGAGUGGCGUAGAAGGGACAUUGGUGCAGAAUUUCGCCAUGAAGAAUUUGAAACCGAUCAAGUUGAGCUUCAACGCUGAUCAUAUUUCCGUUUUGUCGGAUGAUAAAGCUGAUAAAAUUUAUUUCAAAUUCGAAGAGUAUUCGGUAACGGAAACUGAAUCCAAUAAGACGUUGACGAACGACCAGUCGAAAUUGAUUGUCGAAAGAAUUGAAUCGGUUAUUACGACUUCGCUGAGAGCUUCGGCGAAGAACACCGCUCUCAGAGCGAAAUACGAAAAAAUCUAUGGAUUAGUUCCAAGAGAAUAGAAAAGUAAAGUAUUCUUAAAUAUCUAGAAUAUUAUUUAUUCUUGUAUUUUUUCAGUAUAUAAAAUGCAACUCUUUCAGCAUGAAA